AUGGCGGCGGCGGACAUUUUCGAUGCGCCUAAAAAACCGGCGACGGACAUGGACUCGUCAUUUUUGGCCGCCGCGCGACUCUGGGCCUCCACGGGCGGCAUCACCUUCCGCAGCUCGCGGCGCUCCGUCGACCUCGUGCACGCCGCCGGCGGCGCGCCGCCCUCCGCGAGUCGCGCCGCGGUCUCGACGUACCUGCAGCGCAUCCAGCGUCCCGGCCUCGUGCAGAACUUCGGCUGCCUGCUCGCGAUUCCCGGCGACGGGAAAAGCUUCGAUCUCGUCGCUUUCAGCGAGAAUGCCGGCCAGAUGAUCCUGAAUGAGUCUCCUCCGGCCCCGGCGGCGGCAGUGCCGUCGACGGCGGCCGGCGCGGGCGCCAGCGCCGCGGGCGCCAGCGCCGCGGACGCAGGAGCUGCGGACAUUGACGGAGCGGGAUCUGCGGCAGCAGCGGUGAUUGGACGGUCGCAGACGAUUCCGGAAGGGGCGGAGUUGGCGCCGACUGCGGAAGCUAUCCGGAGGGGGGAAGCGGGCGCUGCGGCGGGCGGAGCGGCGGCGGGCGGCGGCGAAAGGAGACGGCUGGUAAAAAUGGCGUCCGAAGGGAGCACACUUCUCAAACCGCUGAACUUUCUGGAGCGCAUCCGCUGGGCGAUCUUCCGCUCCAACAGCCGCGGCCGCGGCAAGGGCGCAAGGAGAUCCCGCCGCCUCUCCGCGAAUGCCGCCGGCCCCGUGUCCUCCGCGCCCGCAGCUGGCGGCGCGGCGGGGAGAGCAAGCAGUGACGCGAUUGGGGGGGAAGUGGGCGCGGGGAGAGACGGAAGCGGAGGCGGAGGGGCAGGCGGAGGCGGAAGGGGAGGCGGAGGCGCAGCGAGUGUGAGCGACAGCGCCAUUAUGGUGGGCCGCGGACUGGAGGAAGCUGCAGUUAGGACGCUGGGGGAAGGGGCGCGCGCUAAUGCGCAGGGGAAAGGGGCGCCUGCUAGUGCGCAGGGGGAAGCUAGUGCUGUACCGGGAGAGGCGGAAGAUGCUGUUGCUCCUCUUCCCCAGACGAAAAUAGCCUUGGGAAUGGACGUGCGGAGCCUAUUCACCCCAGAGAGCGUUGAGGCCCUUGAAAAGGCAGUGGCAGCAGACGACAUAGCGUCUAUGAACCCCGUGCUGCUGCAGUGCCGCCGCACCAACCGCCCCUUCUACGCCGUGCUCCACCGCACCUCCGCUGCUGCUGAUGUCGCUGACACUGCCAACACCAGUGGCACCAGCAGCACCAGCGGUAGCAGCAGCACCAUCCCUACCAGCCUCACCAGCAGCAGCAUCCUCACACUCCCUGGUACCGCCAGCCCAUCUUCUCCUGUCGCCACUCUUUCACCCGCCAUACCCGCUGUUGCGACCACCACCAGUGCCUCUACCGCCACCGCUGCCCCUAGCCCCGCCGCUGCUACCACCACCAACCCAGAAGGCAACCUCAUAAGCAUAGACCUCGAGCCCAUUACACCGCUCGACCCGGCUGUGGACGGGGCAGGCGCGCCUCUCACCCACCGGCUGGCUCUCUCGGCUGUGAAGAGGCUGCAGAAGGUGGCGCCGGGGAACAUCAGCGCGCUGUGCCGGGUGGUAGUGGAAGAGGCAUUUGGACUCCAACUCUCAGUGGAGCUGGAAAUCGCCGCCCAGCUCCACGAGAAGCAAAUCCUGCAGAUCCAGUCCCUUCUCUGCGACACGCUCCUGACCGACAACCCCAUCCGAGCGCUGGUCUCCUCCGCGCCCAACAUCAUGGACCUCCUGCCCUGCGACGGCGCAGCAGUCCUCUUCCGCGGGGAGCUCUCCCGCCUCGGCGUCUGCCCCUCAGAAGACAUGAUCAUCGAGCUCGUAAGGUGGUUGCAGAGGGAGCACUGUGGGUCCAGUGGGCUGAGUACCGAUAGCCUCAAGGCUGCCGGGUUCCCGUAUGCCGAUACGCUUGGAGUGGAUGUCUGCGGGAUGGUGGUUGUGUGCUUCUCGCCUGCUGACGAGCAGCAGCAGCAGCAGGAGCGGCAGGGGCAGGGGCAGCAGGGGCAGGGGCAGCAGGGGAGGGAGGCGGCGUCGCCGGUUCCCCCGUCCCCAUCCGGCAGCACCGCUAGUGGUGGUGGCGGUGGGUGGGGCGGUGCGAGUGGGAGUUUCAGCAAUGUGAGCGGCGUGACGGGGGACUACCUGUUCUGGUUCCGGUCGCACGUGGAGAAGUCGAUCAAGUGGAGCGGCGCGCGCCACGACUCGCGGGAUGCGGACGACGCCAGGCAGCGCCACCCCAGGGCGUCUUUCAAGGCGUUUCUGGAGGUGGUGAGACACACGGCGCUGCCGUGGGUGGACGUGGAGGUGGACGCCGUGCACAGCCUGCAGGACCUGCUGUGCAAGUCUGUGCGGCGCAAGGAGAGCAUGGGGCGACUGAUUUCCAUGGGCAAACAGGUGAAUGCAGGGGGGCGAGCUGGUGGGUUAGCUGGUAGGGCAGCUGAGAACUUGGGCCUUUUUGCAGCAGGGGACGAGCAUCCUCGUUCACCCCUUAUUAUUCCUUUCUGUCCCUUCGCAUCCCCCUUCACCGCUCUCCCCCUUCCCCAGAAUAACAGCGAGCUGGCAGUGGCAGCGGACGAGCUGGUCCGUCUGAUCGAGACAGCGUCUGCGCCGAUCCUGGCCGUUGAUCUGGAGGGCAACAUCACGGGGUGGAACGGCAAGGUGGCGGCCAUCACAGGGCUCUCCUUCUCCGACGCCAUCGGCCAAUCGCUGCUCGACACGUGUCUUGAUCCGUCCUGUGUGGACAAGACGAGGACCGCGUUUGAGCUCGCUCUGGCAGGGGAGGAGCAGCAGCAGCUGGAGCUGAAGUUGAAGCGGUGGGGGUCGGUUCCCAAGGGCAAGGGGCCUCCAACGCCUUUCGCCAUCCUGCAUGUGAACACGUUUGUGAGCCGGGACUCGGAGAAGAGCAUCGUCGGGGUGUGCUUCGUGGGACAGGACGUGACUGAGGAGACAGCUGUCAGGACGCGAUUCGUGCGCAUUCAGGGAGACUUCACCACCAUCAUCAACACACACAACUCCCUCAUGCCGCCCAUCUUCGCCACCAAUGCAUCUGGCUUCUGCACCGAGUGGAACCCAGCCAUGGAGAGCAUCACCGGUCUCAAGCGCUCCCAGGUGUUGGGCUGCAUGCUGCCAGGGAUCAUCUUUGGCCGCAUGUGCCAGCUGGCGGACGACGAUUCGCUCACGCGGCUGCUCAUCAUGCUCUCGCGGGCCAUGGCGGGGCAGGACACUGGUGGGGAGGAGAAAACACACUUUGCCUUCCGCAACGCCAAGGGUCGCAUGGUGGAGGUGCUACUGACGGUGCAGCAGCGGCAGGGCGGCGACGGGCGGGCAGCAGGGGCGUUUGGGUUCCUCCACGUGGCAAGCCCUGAGCUCAUGCAGGCCCUGGCCGUGCAACAGAAGGCAGAGGGGGCCAUGGCAGGGGCAGUGCACGGCAUGGUGCAUGCACGCUCCCUGCUGCACCGCUCCCUCCUCGACGCCUCCCCCUCCUCGCCCUCUGCUCACGCCGCCCCGUCUGCCGCCGCCCCAGGCGGCAAGGUUUGGCAGUUUGUGGAGGCGAUGGCGCGGUGCGACGCGCAGCUGAUGCGGCUGCUGCACACUCAGAUGGAUCCGCUGGGCGGCGGGGAGGGCAGUGGCGGUGGGAGUGAUGCUGCAGUGUUCUCCCACCCCAGCAUGCUACCAUUCACGCCCUCUGCGCCCUUCACCAUGGCCUCGCUCAUCAACACAGCCGUCUGCCAAGCCAUGCAGCAUGCCAUUCGCCGCUCCAUCGAUCUCACCUAUGACGCGUUGCCAGAUGUCGCGUCCACGCGCCUCGUGGGCAACCAGCUGCUGCUGCAGCAGGUGCUGGGCGGCAUCACUGUAGCGGCCGUCAAGUCCACCCCGUCGGGCGGCACCGUUCGUCUGCAGCUGGCGCCCAGCCCCAGCCGCAUGCUGGCCGUGGAGAUUGAGCUGAGAAUCAUCCAAUCAGGGCCGGGAAUCGACGACGCCAUAAUCCAGCACAUGUUCGGCCUUGCCUCGUGCCCUGAGGAUUCACCUGAGGCGUCGUACCAGGCGCAUGCGCUCGUCUCGUACCGCUCGCUGCUGCGCCAGAUGCAUGGAGACGUGCACUACCUGCGGCAGCCCAAUAAGUGCUACUUCCAGAUGCAUGGAGAUGUGCACUACCUGCGGCAGCCCAAUAAGUGCUACUUCCAGGUGUCACUAGAGCCACCGUGUGCUCCGCAUUCGUGGGUGGUGACUGGUGUGGUGAGGUGUAGUUUCAGACGAUACGAAAGCUUUCUCCUGCGCCAGACGCAUGGCGACGUGCACCACCUGCAGCAGCAGCACGAGUGCUACUUCCAGGUGUUGCUGGAGCUCCCGUGUGCUCCGUCCCUUAGGCUUCCCGCUCUGCACGCGGAGGUUCCCUUAGCGGGGCCAAGGCAGUAUCUCUCGCCGUUAUCGCAUUCGUUACAAUGCCGUCGCGAUGGUUGCGUUCCUGUCGCUGCUGCUGGUGCAGGACGCUUUGGUAAGGACCCAGCGACCGUUAGGGACACCGGCAGCAAGUUGACGGACAAGUUGACGGACUCCAUACUUGGCCGAGAGACGGAAAAAGUUCGCGAUUUGUUCAAUUUCGGACGGGAACUAGGAAGAGGUCAGUUCGGCGUGACUUACAUAUGCACGGAGAAACGCACCAGUCUACAGUACGCGUGUAAACUUAUAUCGAAGAAACAGCUUUUAACGAGCGACGACGUUGAAGACAUCAAGAGAGAAAUCGCCAUUCUACACCUCUUAUCGGAUCACCCGAAUGUGAUUAAUCUGAAAGGUGCUUAUGAAGACAAUUCUGCGGUGUAUUUAGUCAUGGAGCUCUGUACAGGCGGCGAGUUAUUCGAUCAUAUAAUAGCGAGAGGGCACUACAGCGAGCGCGCAGCAGCGGAAGUGGUCCGUGUGAUUGUAUCGGUGGUGAGGUAUUGCCAUGCCAACUACGUGAUUCACAGGGACUUAAAGCCCGAAAACUUUCUUGUAUCGAGCGAGGAGGAGGGCGCGCCUCUUAAAGCCGUCGACUUCGGUCUGUCCGCCUUCUAUAGGCCAGGCCACCCGCUGCACACAGUAGCGGGCAGCGCGUUCUACAUGGCGCCAGAGGUCAUCCGCGGGAGCUACGGGCCAGAAGCAGACCUGUGGAGCGCGGGGGUCGUGCUCUACAUCCUGCUCUCGGGAUCUCCGCCCUUUUGGGCAGAUUUUUUCUCAUUAACGCUCCCUGCAUUCAUCCUUUCCCCUCUUUCCCCCGAUUCCUUCUCCCACAACCGCACUCCCCUCCCCUCCUUCCCCCUCCUUCCCCCUCCUUCCCGCCUCCCCUCUCUCCGCUUCCCUCUCCCCCCCCAUCCCGUCCCCCCCUUCCCUCCCCGCAGAGACAAACGAGGGAUAUUUGAGGAGAUUCUGUGGGGCCACGUGGACCAAUCAGAGGAGCCGUGGCCGCAGGUUUCAAGCGAGGCGAAGGAGCUGGUGCUGAGUCUGCUGCAGCAGCAGCCCGAGAGACGGCCCACAGCAGCGCAACUCAUGGAGCAUCCGUGGGUGAGGGAGGGAGGUGUUGCAACAGACACGCCUUUGGCGCCGGCAGUCAUCACUCGAUUGAAGCGCUUUGCAGCCAUGAAUCGACUCAAGCGCCUCACACUCAAACUCAUGGCCUCGCACGUGACUGAUGCCGAGGCCAUGGGGUUGAGGGAGAUGUUUAAAGCCAUGGAUGGGGAUGGCAGUGGGACGAUUUCCUCGGCUGAGCUCAGGGAUGGGGUUGAGAGGCUCGGGGAUUCUGUGCCCAAGGAGCAGCUUCGGCAAAUGAUGGCAGCGGCUGACGUGGACAGCAGUGGCAGCAUUGACUAUAACGAGUUUCUGGCAGCAACCAUGCGCGUCAGCAGGGAGACCAGAGAGGCUCACCUGCAGCAGGCGUUUGCACACUUCGACACUGAUGGUAAUGGGUUCAUUACAGGGGAUGAGCUGCGCAGUGCACUGGAGAGGGAAGCUGGGAGCGCUGGGGUUGGGGAGGCGGAGAUGGAAAGAAUCUUUGCUGACGUGGACUCUGAUCAGAAUGGCAAAAUUGAUUUCUCAGAGUUUUGUGCCAUGAUGGAAGAAACGACAACCAAAAUCGAGCAAGCCGCUAAACUUAGAAGAGGAGCUCUAACCACCAACACAUCUGGUCAGCAUCCCCAAAAAUCUGAUAUCAAAUCUAAUGAUUCUGGUCGGCGAACCCAAAACUCUGGUCGGCGGUCAGCUAAGGGCAAGAAGCGAGCUCGUGGCAGCAAGUCCUGA